AUGUUCUCGUAUCCGCCGGCAUAUCAACUGGACACGUUGUGUCUCGGAGGCACUCGCGGAGAAUCCGCCGGAAUCUUCUAUAUCGUUCCCUUGUCAUCCCAGAUUCCAGGAUUAGCGUACAGUAUCGGCACUGGAGUUCAGGCAACCGGCUGUACCACAUGUACGCUACCACCAGCGGCAGCAGUUCCCUGUAACACAUGCCAAACUGCUCCUCCAGCGCCACCGAUCACAAUUCCACAAUCGCAGUGGGGCGAAUGGGGUCCAUUCGGACAGUGCACGGUGUCAUGUGGAGGCGGCCAACACGCGCGACAAAGGCUUUGCAACAAUGGUUGCAGCACUUGUCAAUGCAUCGGUUCUGCCGUCGAUGUCCAAUCCUGCAACACAGCUCCAUGUCCUGCGAGGUGUUCUACAUGUCAGCAACCCCAAUACGAUCCACCAACCCCUGCUCCAUGCACUACUUGUGGGAAUCCGAUCACUCUAGCUCCAUGUCCUACAUGUUCGUAUCCAACCACACCGUCACCAUGUCUGACCUAUUUUAUGAUCCCUAUGGGAAUGCAGGAAGAAAGAGGAGGUCCGAAAAUGUCCAACAAAGUGAUUCGCUUUGGGACCGUCUGGCGAGAAGAUAGUGAAAUCUUGGAAAGCAUCGAGAUUUUUGAGUACGGGAAGUAA